AUGCGAUUCUUGGUGUACUUUGUGCACCGCCACGUCGACUUCAGACGCGCGGAGUUCGAAAGCGUGGCGGAGACGUGUGGAUGCUCCGCCGAGGCGCUGGAGUGGCGGCGCGCGACGCGGGACGAAACCGUCGGCGAGCGAAGAGAGACGCCGUUCUGGUACGUCGAUCUCCCGAGCGAAGACGUCGCGCGAGCGAUCGCGAAACGCGCGCUGUUAGUGCGAGGGAUCGUGGAGGAGUGGGGGUCCGGGAAUGAUGACGCAGAGUGCGCGCGGGCGGUGGAGCGCUACGACGCCGAGAGAAAGACGCCGUUUCUACGAGAGGGAACGACAUUUCGAGUGGAGGUGGAGGAUUUUGGGAUCCAGGGCGGAAGAAACCAGUUAAAAUCGCGAUUGGAUGCGUUGCAGAUUCCGUUCGAGGGAAAGGCGCGGUUGAAGGGUGAGGUUGACAACGUGUUUUGGAGCGCGGUGAGUAGCGUCGCUGGAGAGGAGGGAACGAGAGAGCGACGCGUCUUCUUCGGUAGGUUAGUCGGGCGGGGCGAUCGAUCGAUGAUCAAAAAGUAUGAGCUUCCGGGGCGGCAGUACGUCGGCCCGACGUCGAUGGACGCGGAGGUGGCGCUGUUAAUGGCAAACAUGGCCCAGGCGCGUCCCGGCGGCGUCGUGAUGGAUCCGUUUUGCGGCACGGGAUCGAUGCUCGUCGCCGCCGCGCACUACGGCGCGCUGACCAUGGGAUUAGACAUCGACCCGCGAGUCAUUAAGCACGGCAAGGCGGCGAAAAUGAAGAAUCAAGGAAAGUUCAUGAUGAAAGCGGAGGAUGGGUCGACCGUCGACGUGUGGUCGAAUUUCGCGCAGUACGGCUUACCGCCGCCAGUGCUGAUUCACGGAGACUUGCACGCGUUACCCACGAGGGCGCACGGUUUGGAGGGGUAUUUACAAGGUAUCGUCGCCGACCCACCGUACGGCGUUCGAGCGGGCGGUCGCAAGAGCGGCGGUCGCAAGCCGUUGCCCGAGGACUACAGCAUCCCGGAGGAAUUGAAGGAGGGACACAUCCCGAGCACCGCCCCGUACCCUUUCGGGGAAAUGUGCGACGACUUGCUCGAUCUCGCCGCGCGCUUUCUGUCCGUCGGCGGGAAGCUCGUGUUCUUUCUUCCGGGUUCGAUCGCCGAGGCCGAACGAGAGAUCCGAGACCUCCCGACGCACCCGCUCCUUCGCCUUCGAUGGCACUCGCUCGAAACCUUCAACAAUCUAUGGGGUCGUAGACUCGUCACGUACGAGAAGAUCGCGCCGUGGGACAGAGACGUGUGCGACAAAGCGCGAUCAAACGCCGUGGAGGCGCGCGCGCGAAACUCUGAGCCCGAUUUAAUCGAGCGCAUGCGCACGCUGGUCUACCAAAGCCGCGAGUCUCGCAUCGCCGAGCUCGUGGAAGAAAAACAGAAACGACGCGGACGAUCUCCGGCGCCCGAGAACUAG